CCCAGUAUGCCAAUGGAGGGAGGGAAGGAAAGGAGAAAGAGAACCAUAUACCAACCCCUCACAACACACAGCCAACCGACCUGACUCAGACUAGAGCCCAUUGAGACCCGGAGCACCUAGACUAAGGACCGACUGUUUCCCUGGACAUCCAACACACCACUCUGGAGCAACACGGUCAGAUUGUUACUGCUACUACCCACAAACCCCUCACCCCUACUCCAGGACAGGACAGAAACAUGAACCCCCUCCUGACCCAGGCUGUCCAGACUGAGGAAGAUGCUGAAACGGAGGGUGUCGACGUGGAUGCUGAGCUGGCAGCUGCCAUCAUGUCCAGGAGGAUCAUCCAGUCUCUGAUCACCGUGGAAGCCUGGGAGGGAUACACCUUCGCUGACCAUCAGAUCAAGAUCAAGGAGUCACAUGACCUCUACGGAGCUGUGAUGUGGCCCUCGGCCAUAGUGCUGUGUUACUUCCUGGAUACGCACCGCGACACGUACAACCUGCUGGACAAGAACGUCAUCGAGCUGGGCGCCGGGACCGGGCUGGUCUCCAUAGUUACAAGCCUUCUAGGUGCCAAGGUGACGUCCACAGACUUGCCGGAGGUGCUGAGUAACCUGCAGUAUAACGUACUGCGUAACACCAGGGGUUCCUGUAGACACGCUCCUCGGGUCACUGAGCUGUCCUGGGGGAAGGAGCUGGAACAACGCUUCCCUCAGGCUGCCUGUCACUACGACUACGUGUUCGCUGCCGAUGUGGUUUACUGCCACCCCUACCUGGCGGAACUCUUGGACACCUUCGAUCACCUGUGUCAGGACGGGACGGAGAUCCUCUGGGCCAUGAGGUUCCGUCUGGACAGAGAGAACCAGUUCGUAGAACGGUUCCAGACCAGGUUCCAUCUGGAUGAACUGUACGAUCUGCCCAGUCUCAGUAUCAAACUGUAUCGAGCAUCAAGGAAGGAGAUGGGGAGGAAGACACGGUCUGGAGAGGCAGCUUAAAUACUACCAUGCUCUACGGAAGCAGUCUGAGACACUGCAGGGGGAUGGAGAGAUGGAUGUGAAUGUGUGUCAGAGAAUCAAUAAAGGCAAUGUCGAGAAGCGCAUUACACUUAACUCUUGAAGGUAAUUUACCCUUGAUCCGACAUCCACAGCAUUUUGGGGAAAUUGUAGUGUCAUGGCCCAGAAAAUAAUUUCUUGGAGCCCUUUUAUGUUUUGUUGUAGCUGUCCACUAUACAGAGUUUACUGUCCUCUUUACGGAGGCUACUGUCCUCUUUACAGAGGCUACUAUCCUCUUUACAGAGUUUACUGUCCUCUUUACGGAGGCUACUGUCCUCUUUACAGAGGUUACUGUCCUCUUUACGGAGGCUACUGUUCUCUUUACGGAGGCUACUGUUCUCUUUACAGAGGUUACUGUUCUCUUUACGGAGGCUACUGUCCUCUUUACGGAGGCUACUGUCCUCUUUACAGAGGCUACUAUCCUCUUUACAGAGGUUACUGUUCUCUUUACGGAGGCUACUGUUCUCUUUACAGAGUUUACUGUCCUCUUUACGGAGGCUACUGUCCUCUUUACGGAGGCUACUGUCCUCUUUACGGAGGCUACUGUCCUCUUUACAGAGGCUACUAUCCUCUUUACAGAGGUUACUGUCCUCUUUACAGAGGCUACUAUCCUCUUUACAGAGGUUACUGUUCUCUUUACGGAGGCUACUGUCCUCUUUACGGAGGCUACUGUCCUCUUUACAGAGGCUACUAUCCUCUUUACAGAGGUUACUGUUCUCUUUACGGAGGCUACUGUUCUCUUUACAGAGUUUACUGUCCUCUUUACGGAGUCUACUGUCCUCUUUACGGAGGUUUACUGUCCUCUUUACGGAGGUUACUGUCCUCUUUACCGAGGUUACUGUCCUCUUUACGGAGGCUACUGUUCUCUUUACGGAGGUUACUGUCCUCUUUACGUUGGUUACUGUCCUCUUUACGGAGGUUACUGUCCUCUUUACGGAGGUUACUGUUCUCUUUACGGAGAUACCUUUCCUCUUUACGGAGGUUACUGUCCUCUUUACGGAGAUACCUUUCCUCUUUACUGAGGUUACUGUCCUCUUUAAGGAGGUUACUGUCCUCUUUACGGAGGUUGCUGUCCUCUUUACGAAGGCUGCUGUCCUCUUUACGUUGGUUACUGUCCUCUUUACAGAGAGACCUUUCCUCUUUACGGAGGUUACUGUCCUCUUUACGGAGAUACCUUUCCUCUUUACGGAGGUUACUGUCCUCUUUACGGAGAUUACUGUCGUCUUUACGCAGAGACCUUUCCUCUUUACGGAAAUUACUGUCCUCUUUACGGAGGUUACAGUUCUCUUUACGGAGGUUACUGUCCUCUUUACGGAGGUUACUGUCCUCUUUACGGAGGUUACAGUUCUCUUUACGGAGGUUACUGUCCUCUUUACAGAGUUUACUGUCCUCUUCACGGAGGUUACUGUCCUCUUUACGGAGUUUACUGUCCUCUUUACGGAGGUUACAUGAACUCUCCUUCCCUUCAUGUCUGGGCCUUGAACUCUCCUUCCCUUCAUGUCUGGGCCUUGAACUCUCCUUCCCUUCAUAUCUGGGCCUUGAACUCUCCUUCCCUUCAUAUCUGGGCCUUGAACUCUCCUUCCCUUCAUAUCUGGGCCUUGAACUCCCCUUCAUAUCUGGGCCUUGAACUCUCCUUCCCUUCAUGUCUGGGCCUUGAACUCUCCUUCUCUUCAUGUCUGGGUCUUGAACUCUCCUUCCCUUCAUAUCUGGGUCUUGAACUCUCCUCUCUUCAUGUCUGGGUCUUGAACUCUCCUCUCUUCAUGUCUGGGUCUUGAACUCUCCUUCCCUUCAUGUCUGGGCAGAUCAGUAUAUUAUUGUUUUCUCUGUUAUUCAGUUGUAUCUCUGAUUGAAGAUGUGUAGUGUCUGCUUCACCUGAUGUGUUGCUGUACAUAUCGAGACCUGCUUCACCUGAUGUGUUGCUGUACAUAACAAGACCUGCUUCACCUGAUGUGUUGCUGUACAUAACAAGACCUACUUCACCUGAUGUGUUGCUGUACAUAUCGAGACCUGCUUCACCUGAUGUGUUGCUGUACAUAACAAGACCUGCUUCACCUGAUGUGUUGCUGUACAUAACAAGAACCUGCUUCACCUGAUGUGUUGCUGUACAUAACUAGACCUGCUUCACCUGAUGUGUUGCUGUACAUAACAAGAACCUGCUUCACCUGAUGUGUUGCUGUACAUAACAAGACCUGCUUCACUUGUUGUGUUGCUAUAAUAAUAAUUAUAAACACCUCUGGUCUGUAAAUAGUUCUGAGAAAUAAAGUACAUUAUAAACAC